AUGGGCGUGAUGGAUGCUGGAGGCGGCGGGGGAGGGGCCGGCGGGGGCCUCGCCGGAGGGGGAGCCGUGGGCGCCGCGGGCGGGAUGAGCCCCCUGGAUUUCCGGGAUCAGCAGGGCGGCCUCCAGCACCACAUCCACCAGCUGAGGAAGAACAGCAGCGAGCAGCACGACGAGGAGCAGCAGCACUGGAACCGCCUCGGGAUGCUGCUGCUCAUGUCCACCCUGGCGGCUCUGGGCACGCUCGGCAACAUCUUCGCCAUCGCUGCGGUCAUGACGGAGGACCAUCUCAAGAAAAAGGGUAACGUACUGGUGGUGAACGUGAUGUUGGCCGGGCUGGUGGUGAGCGUGGGCGUGAUCCCAGCGUGGGUGGUGUCUCUGCUGGCCGGCUGGAUGCGCCCCACGCCCGUGUGCUACGCCUCCUGGUUCCUCACGUCCCUGGCCGCCCACGCCGCCCUCCUCACGCUGCCCAACCUGGCCUGGGAGAACUCGGCGCGAGUGGCCGGUCGCAGCGUGGGCGCGGCGCUCCUCGGCGUGAUGGUGGGCGUAUCGUGGACUGUCGCGGGCGUCACAACGCUCUCACAGUGGGUGACGGGCCUGGCCCCCACCCACUGCGACCGGCUCUCGCAGCCUCCGGCCGCUCAUACCAUCUUCACCUCGGCCGUGGGCGUAACUCUGGUGGCAGCGCCCUUAGUCACCUCCCUCAUUAUCCACGCCCACACCCUGCUGGCUGGGCGUGGGGGGCCUCGGCGCCCCGGCCCGCCCACGAUGAAGCCCCCGCAGGCCCUGGAGCGCGACCUGGCGCUGACGGGGACCAACCUGGUGGUGGCGGCGGCGUCGGGCGGCUGCUGGGCGGCGGGCGUGGCGUGGGAAUGGUGGGCGCACGACCCGCUGCGCCAUGGCGUGCCCUGGCUGCACAUCGUGGCCGCGACCACGUCGGGCUUCCUCUACGCCGCCCACAAGCCCUUCCGCGAAGCCUACAUCCAGCUGUUCCACUACUGCUGCUGCAAGACGUCCGUGUCCCUCUCCCGGCGGGGACGCAGCGGGGAGGCGGCAGCUGCGGCCGCUGCGGCAGCGGCUGCGGCGGCCCGACCAGCGAGCGAUGUGCGCGUGCACAUCAUCCCCGGCUACAACAUGUACACCACCGCCUCUACCCGCGACCACCGGCCGGCGGUGCACCCGCACGUGAAAGCGCCGAGGGGCAAGGAGUCCCGCCGGCCGAAGCACCACAAGAAGGACGUCUACGAGCUGUAG